GUUACCCCAUCCUACUGUAAUGUCACCCAACGUGGACCUCACAGUGCUGCGAGUCAUAUUGGCCAGUCAUGCACCGUCAUCUUCCCAUUUUCCAACCCGGUGAACUCGUGCACGUGGCAGCCGAUCACUGACGAUCUCGGUGCGGAGGUGUUUCAGUAUUCUUAUAUUCACGUCCUCCCACAUCGCCGGGUGCCCGUCUUCAACAUCUCUGCUCUGCUGAUGUUUCAACAGCCCAAGAUGGACCGCCACGUUGGAGCUUUCGCCGACCAGGUGCCAGCGGUACUUGUCGGCAUCGCGGUUCUCUCAAUCACGCUCGUUGGUGCUCGUUAUCUUGGGUACCGAUCGCUCAACAGGUUCCCCCUGAUCGGUAGUCAAUAUGGCAGCUAUCCUAAGAGGCUGAUGGCAUAUGUGUAUCAUGCCGAGACCCUGUACCGAGAGGGAUACGCCAAAUUCAGGAGUGCGGCCUACCGCAUGACAACGGCGGAUGGAGAGCGGAUCAUCCUCCCGAAUACAUAUCUCGACGAGCUUCGAACUCGACCCGACGACGAGGUCAACAACACAAAAGCUAUCUUCAUGACCAUAGAGGGCAAGUAUACUGGCUUGACAGCAGAGGGCGAUUUUCUUAACCACAUGGUGCGCGCCGACCUCACGCGGAAUCUCCCCCGAGUCAACCCCCGCCUCUCCGAAGAGGUUGACAGGUCCGUCAAGACUGAACUGCCGCUGUGCGACGACUGGACUCCGGUCGCGAUCAACCAGCGUCUCCUCCGCAUCGUCGCCAUUGUAUCGGGCCACAUCUUCCUGGGCCCGGAGCUGUACCGCCGGGAGGAAUACCUGCAUGCCAGCAUCGACUUCACCGUCGACGUCUUCGCCGCCGUCCGGGCGCUGAAGAGGUGGCCUAAGAUCCUCCGGCCGAUCGCGGCCCGGUUCUUCACGCCGCAGCUGGACCGCGUCAAGGAUCACAGGGUUAAGGCGAAGGAGUUUCUGGUGCCCAUAAUCCAGCAGCGCAAGGCCAUGAUGAAGCAGGGGGCGGAGAUGCCGGACGACAUGUUGCAGUGGAUGCUUGACAAGUCGGAUAGCCACAACGUGAAGGACGAUGCGGAGAUGGCGUUUAUGCAGUUGACACUCAGCAUGGCGGCCAUCCAUACGACGUCCAUGACUGCGACGCACAUCUUGUACGAUAUUGUCGCCCACCCAGAAGUCAUCCCUGACUUGCGUGAGGAGAUCAAGUCAGUUUUGGAGGAGACAGACGGGGUUAUGACCACUCAGGCAUUGUUCCGGAUGAAACUCCUCGACAGUGUCAUGAGGGAAUCCCAACGAGUCAAUCCUCUGAAUAUGGCACGCUUCGCGAGAUACAUCGAGAAACCCAUCACUCUCCACGACGGGACAAAUAUCCCAGCCGGCGUAGUAGUUGAGGCGCCCCACGUGGCCAUCAGUCAUGACCCGGAGCUUUAUCCCAACCCCGAGACUUUCGAUCCAUACCGCUUCUAUCGGCUCCGCAGCGGGGAGACGGCCGAUCCGAUAGGCUAUAAGAGCACGGAGCAGUACCAGUUUGUCACCGUCACAAAGGAGAACAUGGGCUUCGGCUACGGACGCCACGCGUGUCCGGGCCGGUUCUUCGCUGCCAAUGAGAUCAAGCUCAUCCUAGCGCGCCUGCUGCUGGACUUUGACUUUAAGAUGCCUGAGGGCGAGACCAAGCGUUUCGACAACAUUGUCGUUGCCAGUAGUAUUAUUCCCGAUGCCAGGAAGGAGAUCAUGCUGCGCAGGGUGACUCCUUGAUGGGAAGCAGGCUGGUUUUCCUCCCGGCCCUUAGCUGAGUGCAGGCCAAGGAUGGACAUGAUGGCAUUGUUGCUGGGUACCAUGGGUGAAAGCAGAGUUGGGAAUCAACCUGAUGGCACCUUGUUUUCUACCGCUC